AAGCCUUCCAGCCAACACCGCACUUCCUCAGCUGAACUGCCAAGACCGCCUUCAUCCAAUCGAUCCCAAACAACCAGAUCACUCACUACAUAGCAAGAUGACCCUCCUCCUCAAUCACUCACUUGAUCAAGUACGCAGGUCCAGGAAUGCCGGACAGUCUACCGACCGGAAUAACGGUAAACUACGUCAAACGAACGAUUCGUGGAAACAUGACCUCUUCGAAAACGGUGAUACCAAAGCAUCCUCCAAUCCUCCUCGACAGCUGCGUACUGUCGAUGCCCCCGGUGAUGAGGAAGUCGACCAAGGUCGUUCGACAUCAUUACUCAUAACUAACCUACACUAUGAUGUUAGUGAAGCUGAGCUGGAAGCACUCUUUUCUCAGAUCGGAAAGCUCGAUCGUGGUCCUUUCAUCAAAUUUGAUCAAUCAGGACGGGCGACGGAGGGUCUUGCGUUUGUUUCCUACGCCAACGAAAGCCACGCCGAAGCUGCCAUCGAAGCAUUCAACGGGGCUUCUGCUAAAGGUCAGCCUAUCGGUGUCCAAUACGAAUAUGGGAUCCCACUUUGGGUUCGAACGGCACUUGGAAUCAGUGGACGCCAGGCGACGGCCGAAGGAGUUCCCUCCACCUUUGGUCUCUUAGGACGCAUGCAGCAGGAUAGACCGACGGGCCGGCCGCAUUUUUCUCCCUACGACGCCAAUCGUCCCCGUGGCCCGCGGUCCUCGUUCCCGCCAGUUGGGAGACCUCGAGCACCAUCGAACGGUCGUGAUUACCGUCGGACUGCCGACAGCUUUGGUAGUGGUAUCCGGUCCCGUGGCGGUCCUGCGCACCGUCACUCUGGCCGGCCUCGAUGGACCGGCGACCGGCCGGCGGCUCGUAGUGGAGCUGGAGGGGUCAAGAGUGCCCGGGAAUUGGAUAAGGAGUUGGAGGCGUUCAUGGGCUCCUCAGCUUCAGUUGCCGCCACUGCACCAGUCGGUUCAACGACACAAACUGACGUCCAGAUGACUGAAUGAUCUGUUGUUGCCUUUGCUCUGUCUCCUCUUGCUCAAUAAACAUCUUCACUCUGUCCGUAUCAAGUGCCUCUUUUCUUUUAAACAAAAAGGUGCAAAUGAUUUAUGAGAAUCUGUUUGUUUUUGUAUUCUUCUUCCUCUCCUCCCCCCUUUUCUUCAAUGUGUCUAUCCCACUAUAAUUCCAGACUUGAUCUUUUUUCUUCAAACUUCAACUUCUCUACUCAAACCCACAACAUCUUCUCCCCCCCCCCCCAAACAAAAAAAACACACAAAAAAACUUUGUCUGGAUUACAUCAC